CAGAGGCAAUGCGCUCAAUUAUGGAACUGGUCGGAAGGAAACUCUUAUAUUACUUGACAGCAACGGAUGAAUCAGUUAUGUAGCUACCUAUCUUAAAGUUUCCGACUGCAGUACCUAUGUGGCUACUAAAUAAAGUGACGGUUAAGUGAAAGAAUUUAUUUUUUUGUUGUCUAUGUGUAUGCUGCCUUGUUUUGGAUUCACGCUAACUACGCAAACUUGUCGCAGUGGAUAUUGUAACGUCGAGAGGCUCAACGUACUGAUUGAAACGACUUUCUCGUCACCUGUCUCAUCCAUAUUACUUAGCAAAUUGGCCCUUAGAGGCCCACUGUGGGCGCUGGCCGGAUGGAUAGGAUGAAGAUCAUCAAGAGGCGCCUGUCCAUGUCUCUGCGCAGCGCCAGGCCCGUGGACGACUCGCUGUCCGAGCUCGCCGAGCAGAUGACCCUCGACGAGCCGUCCGCCGCCCGCGACAACGAGCCGAUGGUGUGCCCUGCCCGCCCCCCUCCCUCCCACAGUGCGCCCUCCUUCCUGCGUCAGUAUGCGGGUAACCUAGGGCGGGCUGCCCUGCAUCGGGACCUUGGGGGUGUGCUGGAGAGACCCUAUCUUGCCCUACAAAGGACCGGAUCUCUCGGGGAACCAAAGACUACAUUUUCACCAGAAAGAUUUUUGACUCUCGGAAUUGUCCAUGAAAACGUAAAGAUGGGCUCGGAUGGGGAGAGCGACCAGGCGUCCGGCACGUCCUCUGACGAGGUCCAGAGUCCUGUGCGGGUCCGCAUGAGGAACAACAACCACCGGCGCAUCUCUAACGAGGACAUCAACAAGCGCCUCUCCCUACCGGCAGACAUCCGCCUGCCCGAGGGCUACCUGGAGAAGUUUGCCAUGAACAGCCCUCCCUUUGACAAGCCCAUGAGCCGGCGACUGCGGCGUGCCUCGCUGUCUGAGAUUGGCUUUGGCAAGCUGGAGACGUACAUCAAGCUGGACAAACUUGGGGAGGGGACCUACGCCACGGUGUUUAAGGGUCGCAGUAAACUGACGGAUAACCUGGUGGCCCUGAAAGAGAUCCGGCUGGAACACGAGGAGGGAGCACCCUGCACCGCCAUCCGAGAGGUGUCACUCCUGAAGGACCUGAAGCAUGCCAACAUUGUCACUCUUCAUGACAUCAUCCACACAGACAAGUGCCUAACGCUUGUGUUUGAGUAUCUGGAGAGGGACCUGAAGCAGUACAUGGAUGACUGUGGCAGCAUCAUGAGCGUGCAUAACGUCAAGAUCUUCCUGUUCCAGCUGCUGCGGGGCCUCUCCUACUGCCACAGGAGGAAGGUGCUGCACAGAGACCUGAAACCCCAGAACCUGCUGAUCAACGACAAGGGGGAGCUGAAACUGGCUGACUUCGGUCUGGCGCGGGCCAAGUCAGUUCCCACUAAGACAUACUCUAAUGAGGUGGUGACGCUGUGGUACCGUCCCCCUGAUGUACUUCUAGGGUCUACAGAGUACUCCACACCCAUCGAUAUGUGGGGUGUCGGAUGUAUAUUCUAUGAAAUGGUGACAGGACGACCGCUGUUUCCCGGUUCCACAGUAGAAGAUGAACUGCAUUUGAUAUUCCGUAUCCUGGGCACUCCCACAGAGGAGACCUGGCCAGGAAUCACCAGCAGUGAGGAAUUCAAAACCUAUAACUUCCCCCGCUAUCACGCCGAGCCGCUUGUCAAUCACGCACCCAGGAUAGACAGUGAUGGACAUGACCUGUUAUCACAACUUCUCCAGUUUGAGGCAAAGAAGCGCAUCUCAGCGGAGGAGGCACUCCGACACCCCUACUUCCGUAGCUUGGGGGAGCAGGUCCAGACGCUACCUGACACUGCAUCCAUCUUUUCUGUGAAGGACAUCCAGCUCCAGAGAGACCCAGGGAAGAGGACAGCAGCGUACCCAGAAACAGCAGCGCCCCAUAAGCUGGGCUCUGCACCCUCGGAGUAUUUCCAGAGAGAAGGUGCCAAAGCAGGGAGUCAAUCUCACGCCCUCUCCUCCCCUUCCACCGGCUGAGUGAUCCUCUCCCAUUCCGCCCAGGGGAAGAGCCGGAGGCAGAGUGUGUUGUUUUAGUCGUCGAGGGGGGUGAGACCAUCGAGGACACACAGGACCACUCUGUCCGGGAACACAACGAAGGAUGAAAAAACAAAGCAACAAAAAAAGAAAAG